ACUGUUUAUGUGACUCCAGAGCUAAUUAGGCUCAUGAACUAACAAAUCGCUUGCACAACUGGUGAGGAACCGAUCACAUUCAUGGAUUGUCUGGAGAAGUCGGCCACCUCUAUCACGAUGUGUCGUUCUGUGUGCUUUUGAAAGAUUUGUUUGACUCUUUCCUCAGCAGCCACUAACUUGUCUCUUGCUGACAAAACUUUGGGCUUGGGUGUGGAGUAUUUUCUAGUGCAAACGCGUGUGCCAUUUUCACUUAAACUGGGGAGUCUUGACUGGUGAACCAUGUUUCAACCCACACCGAAGAGGUGUUUUACCAUUGAGUCUUUGGUAGCGAAGGAUAAUCCUUUGCCAGCUUCGAGAUCCGAGGAGCCCAUACGACCGGCGGCUCUCAGCUAUGCAAACUCAAGCCAGAUGAACCCAUUUUUAAACGGCUUUCAUUCCAGCGGCAGGGGCGUCUACUCAAACCCGGAUUUGGUGUUCGCUGAGGCUGUUUCACAUCCUCCAAACUCCGCCGUCCCAGUCCAUUCGGUACCUCCUCCUCAUGCUCUGGCUGCUCACCCACUGUCGUCCUCGCACAGUCCGCACCCUCUUUUCGCAAGCCAGCAAAGGGACCCUUCAACUUUUUAUCCGUGGUUGAUACAUAGAUAUAGAUACUUGGGACACAGAUUUCAAGGAAACGAAACGAGUCCUGAAAGCUUCCUAUUGCACAAUGCACUGGCAAGAAAGCCCAAAAGGAUUCGGACAGCUUUUUCACCCUCACAGCUACUACGGCUUGAACAUGCUUUCGAAAAAAAUCAUUACGUCGUCGGUGCGGAACGAAAACAGCUCGCUCACAGCCUUAGCCUCACAGAAACUCAGGUAAAAGUUUGGUUUCAGAAUCGAAGGACGAAGUUUAAGCGUCAGAAAUUGGAGGAGGAAGGGUCAGACUCGCAACAGAAAAAGAAAGGAACUCAUCACAUAAACCGAUGGAGAAUGGCCACAAAACAAGGAAGCCCAGAGGAAAUUGACGUCACCUCAGACGAUUAAAAGACUUGAACUGUUUGAACCCGGGACAGCGGCGUGGCUUGAAGGAUGUCACGGAUAAGGAUGCUGUGUACUGACAGAGGGAGAGGGUAAAGACAACAUCACAUUUUGAUUCUUCGAGAUCGGCAGCUUGACGGUGAGAGAUCCUGUUGGAGGCACUGCUGCCACCACAAGGGAACUGUCAAUACUUUUCACGUUGCCAAUGCAAUGUGAUUGACAGGUAGCCUUCACCCCACCAUCACCACACUACCCGCACCACGCCACCACCUCAUCACCACUAUCAACAAUGCGCACAGGACAUUUGCGCUUCUGAGGGAUUUUCCUCGAAUUUUAUUUUUCCAAGACGUGAACCUUCCACUUCAAGAUACCAAAAUACACAACUGUUUUUGUAAAACUUGAAUUGCAUGGUAGAGCAAUGGAUUUUUGGUAGGUUAAUUAAUUUGACCUUCUUUUUCAAAGUAACUUUGUUUUGACUCUAUUUUUAAUCUGAAAAAAAAAAAAAAAAAAAAUGUGUGCUUUCCCUUUUUUUUUUUUUUUUUUUUUUUUUUACAACAGUGUGCAGUCUUUGAAUUUAUGAUUCUCGUGUUAAAGUGAUUGUGAAAACAAUAUCAAUUAGCAGUGCUGCGUUAUAGUGUUUUUGAGAAGUAAUACCGAUUUAAAAAAAAAACAAAAAAACAAAAACAACAACAACAAAAAAAAAAACCUUUAUUCAAGUUUACCACAGACAAUAGUAAUUAUAAUAAAAUUGUCCAUGACAUUCCUUAAAAUUGAAGCUUUACCAUGACUCCGUAAUCUUGGUGCGAAUAUAUUACCGGGACUCGCCCCUCCUGAAAUAGUUGCCUCGAAGGAUUAAUGCAAGAAUUGACGGCCGCCUAGGCAGCAAAACUUCAAGCACUGAGCGUAUUCCAUGUAUAGAGAUACUAAAGCUAAUGUUUAUGUUAAAUCGUCUUUUACAAGAAUGUAAAUAAUUUUGUGUUUGUGUUAAGUUUGCUACAAUUUUAACACAAAGUAUACUUCCAAGAAGUAUGUAAUUGUCAAUAUUUUGUCAAUAAAGUUUUAUCAAUAUGUUGCUCAGAAUAAAAUUACAGGCUUUUUGUUUUACAAAGGCCAAAAUGAAACUUUUGCCCACUAGUGAAUGGUUUAGGAUGGUUUAGUAUUUCUGUGUCAUACAACCACACUGCCAGUUGUCUUCUUUACGGUCCCCUGGUGUCAUUGUCCAUCAGGACAAACAGGCGAUGUAUCAUAAUUAUUACUGUUUUAUGAAUGGAAUAUUCCACCAGUUGUCUACUUAAUCUGAGAAUAUACUCAUUUAUGUAACUGGGGAAAGCGACUCGUUAAAAUGUAACAUAUAAUUUUUUUUCCUGAGAGAAGCGGUUUUUUAUUCUUGCCUCAUUUGCCUCUCUGGCAUUAACCAGUUUUAUUUCCAUGGAUAGAAGAGGAGCGUCUGGCCUGUUCAAGCUACAAAGAGUCCUGCGAGCUUUUGUGAAAGUGCAAAUCAGUUUAGGCAAUUAUCAUACGAGUAAUAUGUGGGGGAAAGGGGGUGCAUUGCCCAGUGGUCCACUUUAAUCUGUUAAUCCGUGGAUCCAAGGGGGCCUGGUUGGACAUAAUUUAGCACAAUCUGACUACCUCUCACAAGCGAUAAGAGAAGGUUUGCAAUGUGCCGCAAAAUAAGAGCUUUGUUUAAAAUUUUGUCUGCAGCCACGGCCGGAAUGUACAGCCAGCGUUCCCAUUUCAUUUUUUUUUUUCUUUUUAUAAUUACAUGCUAUAGAAUUCAAAUAUGAAUUUAAAAUGUUUAUGUGAAAACUUAAAAAAUAAUGCAUG